ACAGCAAACCAACAAUUCAAAAAUAAUAAUCAAAAAAUUAAAUAUAAAUUCCAAAUUCUUAAAUCUCAAUUUCUUCUUCGAUGGCGACGGGGAAAAGCUACUACGCACGGCCAAGCCACCGUCUCCUCGGCACCGAUCAGUCCUACUACGCCGCCAACGAUUCAUCCUUCGAGUUCGACGAAUCCGAUCUCUACUCCUCAGCCGCUUCCGAUUCCCCCGAUUUCCGCCGGAAAAUCUCCAAACCAGGCAGAUCCGGGAAGAAACCGUCUAACCGACCAUCCUCCGCCGUAGCGGCGUCGUCUCUCCCGAUGAACGUCCCCGACUGGUCGAAGAUUCUCCGGGAGGAGCAUCGCGGUAACCGUCGGAGAAGCGUCGUCGACGACGACGGAGAUUGGUUGGACGCCAGCGGAGGGAGGUUGCCGCCGCACGAGUUUCUGGCGAAGACGAGGAUGGCGUCGUUCUCGGUGCACGAAGGAGUAGGGAGGACGUUGAAAGGGAGGGAUCUGAGUAGGGUCAGAAAUGCAAUUUUUGAGAAGAUUGGGUUCCAAGAUUAAAUAUCUGGGAAAGUUAUUAAGUAACUGUAAGAGAGAGAGAGAUGGAGAGCAUUUAAUAUUUCUUGAAAUGCCCCUCGAUUUAUCGUCUAUUCCGAGAAUCUUACCCAUGUAAUUUUGUUUUAACAUUUAAGAUAUCAUCAUAUUUUGCGUAUUGAGAUGAGUAAUGUAUUAUUAGAUAAUGUUUUUGG